AUGUCGAACAGAGCCCCUUUCCUCUGGGGGCUGGUGCUGCUGAUAGCCAGUGUUGUAAGAAGUGAUUACGAGUGUGUUUGUAACUACAACGUCGAAACAGCGGUACAACCUGAUGCGUCCACUUCCGGCCAGGCUCUCGGAUACAUGUACGAGUUCGAUUGUAAGGCCUUGGGUCACCAGUCCACUGUACCUGAUUGGCUAGUAAUUCAGUUUGAACACAAGUACGGAUUUAUCCACAAAGACAGUAACAUCGAGUUACAGACGUGUCCUGGAAAUCCACCUGACUCGGACCAAGUCCACCAAACCACAGCGGAGAUCACCUCUACCACGACUCCACAGCCGACAACUCCACAGCCGACAACUUUAUUGCCUACCACAUCUACAACACCAGAAACAACAACUUCAAUAACAACAACGACAUCAAUGACGACAACAACACAAACUACAACAACAACAACGACACCAACCCCUACAACAGUUACAACAACACUGCCAACCCCUAAACCAACCCCUACAACAGCAACAACAACACAUUCACCUACAACCACAACAAUUCCAACAAGCACUCCAACAACUGCAACAACUACUUCUCCUCCUACUACUACUACAGCACCAAGGCUGACCACCACUCCAAGCACAACACCAACGACAGAAUCAACAACAGCAAUGACAUUGUCGACAGCUUCCGUGGCCUAUGCGUACAAUUGUUCGGCAACCCAUUUUAACUACGCAGCGCAUGAACAUGGGACCCUAUUCACGGUUGGCAGAACAUGCUACGAGAUUGUUCCUGUACAUCACACCUGGUCAUAUGCGGAAUCCGACUGUAAACAGAGAGGCGGCCACCUUGCGCACAUAUCCGACAGUUAUCACCAAACUGCCGUCUACGACGUGGUCAGGCAAUACCAUGGAGACAAUGUUUGGAUUGGUCUAAACGACAAAAACCAUGAAGAAAACUUCGAAUGGACAUCAGGAGAUCCCGUUAAUUAUACCAACUGGAUGCCCGGGCGAAAGGACAUUUUCUUCCACGCAUUCGAAGACUGUGUCAGUUUAAGUCUAGGACAAUAUGCAGGAAGGUGGGAAGAUGAAGAAUGCGGGAACACCUAUGGAUAUGUGUGCGAGUUUGGAGAUAUAAACAUGUGUCCACCGAAAGCCGUAUCCUUAGCACACCGCUAUGGAACACUAUUAGUACAACAUGACAGGAGCUGCUACGAACUGCUGCACAAUAAAGUCACCUGGGACCAUGGAGAAGCCCUAUGUCAGCAGGCAGGGGGACAUUUAGCGCACAUUAAUAACGCACAGGAGCAGAAUUACAUACAAUCAUUUAUGAUGGCGUAUAAUCCCACAAAAGCCUUUUGGAUCGGCUUACAUGACAGACAAACUGAGGGACGAUUUGAAUGGACUGCAGGCGACCCAGUGACGUACACAAACUGGAUACCUGGUCAUACCGACAACUUUGUGAGUCACAACCUCGAGGAUUGUGUGGCAUUUGUACCAUACAAAGGGGGGAUAUGGGACGAUAUCCCCUGUGGAUCACAGAGCUUCUUUGGUGGUGACACUGGAGAGACGCAUCUCUCCCUUUGUGAAUACAACAUCGCAGCCAGUGGGGGUGUGCUAGUAGGACGUUGA